AUGACAUGCUGCGUUGCGUUAAGGCGAUUCUCAAAGGUUUGUCAUCCUCCUACUCCUAGCUACUUCAUCUCUACAUGUUCUGGUACUAGUACACUGUCUUUGUUUUUAACUUUCAAAGUGAGUCCUGUGAUAAAUUUUUUUGCAGAAAAUAAGCGUAGAAUGGUUAACGAUCCCGUCGAAGAAAUUUGUUGUCUUAUAAAUGGUGAGAGUUGCUACAAAUGUGAUUGGGAUUUCAACUAUUUCCAUCAAUGGUACAUAGAUUAUAACAGAAAACUGUUUGAGGAUAUUUUGAAGACUUUGGAGAAGAAGGACCGAAAACUGAUAUCAGGGGUGUUCGACAGUCUUAUCGACACAAUCCUCAUGUUGAUGACUGACCAAGAUGGACAUAGAAUGUUUGUGAAACUGAUUGAAUCUUGUGAAGAAGAUCAGUUGUUGCAGAUUGUACUCAGAAUCAGUAAGAACUAUCGAUGGUUUCUUGAUGCAUUAUGUGGCGAAUACGGAUCAAUCUCAAUGAACAAGCUGAUUCAAGUGCAUAAGAAAUCACCAUUGAUAUCGAUCAUUGUGCGUGGUCUGUCCAUCGGAUUUUUUAACUUAAUGACUAAUAGACAUGGAGCUAGUGUUAUAUUCCAGUGUUUGGAGAUCCUCACCCCCAAGAAGAAUAAGUUAUUAUUCAUAGCUGCUACAGAGAACUGUCUUCGACUAACCACGCAUCAGCAUGGAUGUAAAAGCUUCCAGAUUUUCAUGGAGCAAACGAAAGGCUCGUAUAAAGAUAAACUCUUAGAUAUAGUGUCUGAUCAUGCAGUGUCUCUGUCACAGGACUCUUUCGGGAACCAUGCCGUGCAGCGCGUUUUAGACUUGAAGCACCCUGUUUAUACUGCAAAGAUAUGUAGGAACCUUAAAGGUCACUAUGUGAGGCUCUCAAUGCUGAAAGGUGGUAGCUUUGUGGUAGAAAAAUGUUUAAGGCCGUCUCCGGUUAUGAAUUUUGUCGUUAAGGAUCUGCUUCAGAGUGGCCGUCAUCUCCAACAACUUGCCGGAGAUCAAUAUGGGAAAUAUGUGAUCCAAACAGCAUUAGAAGUCACAAAGGUUGCAGAGCCUCCCUUACACAGAAAACUUGAAAUGGAGCUGGAGCAAUAUCAGAAUCAUCUUGCGGAUUCCAGAUAUGGAAAAAACGCUGUCCGAUCGCUUUUAUUUGUUCGAAGUUAUAAAACCUUCAAACCAUUAAGCCAAGAUAGGAGAGCUUUUGCACCUUUCUCCCAAGAACAAUCCAACAUCAUGUCAUGGGCAACUCCUUCAACACAUAUUGGCGAAACAGAUCAUCCUCCUUCGUUGAAGGGAAAGAGAAGUUUUUAA